AUGAUUCUGAUCAAAGCCCACAAGGAAGCUGGUGGAAACAAAUGGGCUGAGAUUUCAAAGAGAUUGCCAGGUAGGACUGAUAACUCCAUCAAGAAUCGUUGGAAUACAAUUAAGAGGAGUAGGCCCACAAAAAAGUUCAAGUUCAUUAAGCCCAAUAACAACAAUAAUUUUGAUGGGUCAAAAAUGCUCAAAGCCUAUAUCGAUGCAGUGGCUGCAGCCCAAGCAGAAGUAGCAACUUCAUCAAAGUCAAAGUCAAAGUCAAAGAAUGAUUCCAACAACAAUAAGGGCAAGGCCAGGGUUAAAAUUGAUCUCAAUUCUAUUCCCUUGGAGUUUCCAAAUGAUGACGUCAUCAACAUUCAUGGAAGUGAUGUUGGUGGUGAAUAUGGCAACUGGGUUUAG